GGGUGGCGUCUCUAAGAGAUUUAACCUCCUACCCUCGGUUCCACACGCCACCCCCUCCCUCCAAAGACUGGGACGGCGCCUCCAUUUUUGUUUUGGGGCGGAAGGGCAGGGGCUCUUGCAUGGAAGGGGGUCAAAGGAAACGGUGACUAGCACCUAUACGGGGAAGCGGGUGCUGUCCUCCCUCCUACCCUUUCUCUCGGUCUGUACCCCCUCUGCAAACUGCCCCCCCACCUUCUCGGGGUCUCCCCCCCCCUUGUUGCUAGGGCCCAGACCGUCAUCCCAGCAACAGCCUCAGUCAUGUGACCGGCAAUGGCGGCGCUGACGAGAGACCUGGUCAGCUGAGUGUGGAAAAAGUGGGAUUUCUGCUGCUUUUAUUGUCCAUGGGCUUUCCAGGUCACACAACCUACAAGUAGGGAGCAGGGACAGAGGGAGAGAGCCUGCAUGCCAAUUCUAAGCUCUUCAGGAUCAAAUGUCGUUCGUCCUGUCCAGAAUGGCAGCCUGUGGAGGCACCUGCAAGAACAAGGUGACUGUCUCUAAGCCUGUGUGGGACUUCCUGAGCAAAGAGACCCCAGCCCGGCUGGCCCGGCUUCGGGAGGAGCACCGUGUGUCCAUCCUCAUAGACGGCGAGACUUCUGACAUCUAUGUCCUCCAGCUUUCCCCGCAGGGCCCUCCCCCUGCUCCACCCAAUGGGCUCUACCUGGCCCGGAAGGCUCUCAAGGGGCUGCUGAAAGAGGCCGAGAAAGAGCUGAAGAAAGCUCAGAGGCAGGGAGAGCUUAUGGGCUGCCUGGCUUUGGGGGGUGGUGGGGAACACCCUGAGCUGCACCGCCCAGGGCCUCCCCCUCCCCCUCUGCGAGCAGCUCCGCUCCUGCCCCCAGGGGCUCGGGGGCUUCCCCCUCCUCCCCCCCUGCCCCCUCCACUUCCUCCCCGCCUUCGGGAGGAGACGGAAGAGCAGGAGAGCACCUGCCCCAUCUGUCUGGGGGAGAUCCAGAACGCCAAGACAUUGGAGAAGUGCCGGCACUCAUUCUGUGAGGGCUGCAUCACCCGAGCCCUGCAGGUGAAAAAGGCCUGUCCCAUGUGUGGCCGCUUCUAUGGGCAGCUGGUGGGCAACCAGCCCCAGAAUGGGCGGAUGCUGGUCUCUAAGGACGCCACACUCCUGCUGCCAAGCUAUGAGAAGUACGGCACCAUCGUCAUCCAGUACGUCUUCCCGCCCGGUGUCCAGGGGGCUGAACACCCAAACCCAGGAGUUCGGUAUCCUGGCACCACACGGGUGGCCUACCUCCCGGACUGCCCUGAGGGCAACAAGGUGCUGACCCUGUUCCGCAAGGCAUUUGACCAGCGUCUCACCUUCACUAUUGGCACGUCCAUGACCACAGGGAGACCGAAUGUCAUCACCUGGAACGACAUCCACCACAAGACCAGCUGUACAGGGGGACCCCAGCUGUUUGGGUACCCGGACCCCACGUAUCUGACCCGGGUGCAAGAAGAGCUGAGAGCCAAGGGUAUCACAGAUGACUGAAGGACAUCCCCUUUGCCAGGCUCUUGCCUUUCUCCAUAGGACCCAGCGGAAGCCUCUGUUCUCCUCUCUCCCUCUGCCCCCCAUGCCACACAAAUAGGGGACCAGUCUGACUGGGGAAGGAGUUCAGAGAGGGAGGGGCAGCCCCUUCCCCGGUCCCCCACAGGCCAAGUGCUUCAGUGCAGUGCAAGCCACUCCCUUCUGGCAGAAGGCUCUGCUCCCCUGGUCCCUGUGUACAUACUCCCAAUCUCCCUACCCCCUCCAUUGCCCUUGGCCUUUUCUGGUAUGUGCUGUGCUCCAGUGACUAAGCUGAGAAAGGAUCUGGGUGGGGAGGGAGGGUCUCUUGAGGCCGCUGCCCCCCACAGACUUCCCCACUGCUGAACUUAGGUGUGGGGAGGGGGAAUGGGGCCGGUGUGAGCCCCCAAGGAGCCGGCCUUGUGUGUUCCUCAGAAACAAUCCCCCUUCUACCUUAACCUUGUCUUUCCUCUCCCGUGUCUCCGUCUCUGUCAGUCUGUCUCCCGCUCUUCUCUGCCCCCUAUAAGGAGCCUCCUUACCCUGUUCUGGAAUCGCCGCCAGACUGUAGCUUUUAAUUUAAUAAAAAUAAAGUAAAAUAUGCAACUCUC